AUGUCAAACUCUAACGAGGAUAGGCUCACAGGUAGAAUAAAACACGACAAACAGGAAUAUAAGUCAUAUAGCGCAAAAAGGAAGUGUGCUCUCUUUCAGAUAUUUACUCCAUUGAUGUCUUCAGUUUCUGUGAUGGGUGACGCUAAAGUGACCUAUGACGAGCAAGAUGGAUCUCUCAGCAGUUGCUUGUCCAACGAGAGAAUCUAUGGCCCUGGAUUGCCGGAUGUAAUUUCCUUUCCACAAGUACCCUCUCUCAAACCAGGAGAAUCUUUCUGCAGCGCCUUGUUCAACGCUCCAAAGAGUGAGAGAAUCCGCAAUCUGGCAAAGGAAUCCACGUUUAUCCAGGGCAUGGUUAAAGGAUCACUUGACCCUAAUGUCUAUGGCGGCUACAUGGUGCAGGAUGCAGCUUAUUGCUUCAAUGCAGUGGAUUCUUUCGAACGAGCUGCUGAGAAGAUGCAAGAAGUUGGCAAACCUGAAUUCUCUUUAUUCUACAGAACCCAAUCAGAGAGUUUCAAACGCUACAACCUGGAUUUUCUACAAACAUGGCGGCUUCGAAAUUCAGACAGCGUGGCUAUGGGGCCGGCUGCAGCAACGUACGUGGGAUAUGAACGAGCCUUGAGCCAAAACGAUCCCAAGUACCUUUGCAUUGCCAUGUUACCAUGUACCAUGCUAUGGCCCUGGAUUGCCGACCAACUCAUAGAUUCAGUCGACAAGAACAACCCAUAUUACGUCUGGUUUAAAGACAACAAGCCAAGCCCGGGCCACAAAAGCCACCUGGAAAGGUUCGUAGAUCACUUCUUUGUCCAAGUAGAGCCUGAGGAACAGCAGAAGUGCCUUUCCAUUUUUCAAGAAGGUUUGGUUAACGAGCUGAAUUUCUUCCGCAGUGCCUGCAAACAAACCCUGUUUAACGACUCGACCUUCCAGGAGUAA